GUUUGAUAUCUCCAAAGUUGUUGAGAAGGGUGUCGAAAUCACCCCUGAAGUUGACCAUACAUCAGGCACGGUCAGUCACCCCAAGCCGUUCAAGUGCUUUAUCAAGCCUCGCUCUGCCAAAGCCAUUGCGCUCAUUCAGCGGGAUGUCAACUAUUAAUUCUGAUCAUCUAAAUCUGUCAUACAUUCCCACAUUGCACAUAUUUUGUUUCAUCUUGUUGAAUCAAUGCUACUCAUGGUCUACAUUAUAAUACACACAUCUAGCACCCCCCGCCCAACAAUAAAGAGCACGAUCACGCCCUUGAGCUCUCCUGUCAAUGACCGAUGCCUUGACGCGUGUCAACUAUCCUUGACUACUACCAUCUCACGUCGUUGUGAACCCUCUCAACCGUGGAGCUCCAAGCCUUGUGAACAUCGAAAACAUAUUCAAACACCGUAGCCUGUCUAUCAACUUCAAAAGUUCUGCC